UCCGCCGCGCUAGCUGGGUGGCGGCAGCCAUGCGAGGCGCGGCCCUUUCCCCCUGACGGCCGCCUCGACGGGCCCGCGCCCGUAACCGCCGCGCAGCGCUCGGCGGGCCGUCACGGCCGGCGGCGGACCGACGCCCUCGGGGGCAGGCGCCCGGCACCAUGUGGCAGAGCAUCGGGCUGACCUUGCUGGUGAUCGUGGCCACGCUGGCCUGCGUGCUGCUGUUCAUGCUGUGCGGCUGGUAUGUGGUCUGGCAAUUGUUUCUGUCUAAAUUCAAAUUCCUGAGAGAAUUGAUAGGUGAUACGGGGUCCCAACAGGGGGACAACGAGCUGUCAGAGACUGAAGUUGAACAGGAGACUCCACCAUCCCCACAGAGAGGUAGACAAAAAUCUGCUCGCCAGCGAAGGGCACUUGCAGAAGAAACAACUUAAUACUCCCUUGGACUACUGAUAAACUAUGAAUGGUUAAACACCUCUGCACUAUCUGUUCAGUGGCUUGAUCUUACAGAAAACUAACUUAAAAGAUUAUAUGAAUAUCUGUGAACCUUUACUUCUAAACUACAGAUAUGUGCUAUUUUAGUAGAGGUUCAGAGAGGACUUUGGCAGUAAGUCAGAGUACUGAAGAAAGGAGGAGUAGACAGAAAAAUAUAUCUGGGGGGUGGGGGAAAAAUGCUGAGCUGCUGUAGCUUCCAUCCCUGCAAACAAGAAAACACAUUCUGGACCAUAGGCUUAGCCUUUGCAUUAGUCUGAACGUAGUAAAUGUUUCAGACUUGAAAUGAUUGAUAAAUUAUUUUUACUUUACAGCAUUACAACAACUUCUUGUGAAACUGAGUUUUAUUUCCUUAGGUAUAUAUAAAGAUAUAUAUUUUUUCCUUCAACCUUGUAAAUGCAUGUGAACUUGAAUAACUGUUGAAAGAAUAUCCCGCUUUAGAAAGUAUUCUAAAGUGGGACUUCAGUUACAUUUUUAUAUAUAAAAUAUAAAUGAAAUAUGGAAAAAUCAAUAUCAAAUGCACAUGAUGUGGAGUUUUAUCUCCUUUUAAGAAAUUGUGAUAAGACCUAAUUUCUUGGUUUUGACAUCAGAAAAGGGUUACAGAUAAAACAGUCCUGCGUGAUUUCUGUGUUCUUUCUGAACCUUUUAGCCAAACUCCUGUUGGAGAGGGGAAGGAACCUAGAUUAAGUACUUGCUCUUUAGUGUUCUGAAGUGUCAUCUUUGUCUCUUGGGUUCUAAGUGCUUCUCUAGCUCACUUUAUACACUCUUACAUCAGGUAUUUGGUGCCAGAUAAAACUUUUUUCCCUGCAACCAGUUAAGGUAUUGUGACCAAUUGGUAGACACCACUGUAACAUUUUGAUACUGUUAUAGUAGUGAAUUUGGUACCUCAUGUUUGGUAGAGGUCUUACUGAUUUUGCCAGUAAUAAGCAGUUGCUCCUGGGGGUGGGUGUGUGGGUGGGUGUGUGUUUUUUUUUUUAUAUGAAUUAUAUAGCUAUGUCCACAUUGUACUUCAGAAUUAAGAUCUCCAAUUGUGUUUAUCUCGUAACUUUGGAGAUUAACGCAUGAGACUUGGAAAGAGGAGUGUGCAUGUGCCACCUGAUGUGUGUAUGUGGGAAAACCACCCAAAAAUUGUCUGUUCUGUGGACAGUUUCAGCUUUUCUCUUAGCACUUGGUAUGUGGUGAUGUUUGGAUCACUAUUCCCUGUAUCUAAAAAAACCUGUUAAACAAGACUAAAAGUGGUCUUGUACUUUUCAGCUAUUUUGAAGUUUAAGCCUGACUUCUGAACUUGUGGUUUUGUUCAUUCACACAGCUAAAACUGAGCAACAUCUAGUUGUUUGAUCAAAUAAACUUUUAUCUGGGAAAAGAGCACUCUUUCUAGUGCCUUGUUUUAACUUGUCAUCUGUGACUACUGUUUAAAAGCUGUUGGGAACUUACAAGAUCUAUCCAUUUAAUAAAAAGUUUUGGGUGUUUCAGUAUUAAAGUAGGUGAGAUCUGCCCUGCCCUUCCUUGAGACUCUAGAAGUCUCUUUGUUUACCAGCAUGUAGGUGUAAGCAUGCUUUGUACUACAGGGUUACGUUUUCAAGCAUGAUUACAGUGCUGUGCACAUAUCCUUUAAACACAUGUAGAAAUACUGAUAGUUUCCUUCCUUUAGUCUUUCUGCUGACAAAAAUGCCUAUUUACCUUUCUGAAGUAGUAAAAUUUGCAUCUAUUCAAACUGAUCAAAAGCAUUCAGAUUUUCACUACUGCUUUCAGUUGUUUACUCUGCACAAUAUAUUGUCAAAUGAAUGAUAUUCUUAUGUCUGUCUUCACAUGAUUAGACUUCAUCUCGGCAGUGCUAAUCAAGUACGAGAGCAUCUUUGUUUUUAAAAAACAAUCUUGAGCAUUGCUUACUUGUGUCUACAAAGAAAAGUUUUUAUUCUGACAUAGAAUAUAGAUGCUCCAGUUGCACUUCAGUUAAACUAGAUUUAAGUGCACCAAAGACAGUAAAAGGCUGAUGCUUCUAGUUUCCAACUGAGAAAAGUGACAACUCAGUUUUUGAUUCUGGUAGCUGCAAAGAAAAGUAAAAUUUCAGCAAUAUACAUAUAUGGUAAAGGUAGCUUUCAAGGUGUAAGAAUAAAUUUUUUGGAGCAAGUUAAUGAAGGAAGUUCCAUGUAUGUUUGAAUGCUGACACUACUCAAAUAUACAAUAGGAUGGCAGUUAAACUAAUGGACCUGAAACCUCUGGGAAGCUUGUAUGCUGUAGCUGAACAGCUUCCUUUUCCCUUCCCUGCAAUACACAGGUGUACAUUUCACUCCCCAGUGAUUCUCAGUCCUUUUUCUCUCUUUUUUAAUGCUUCUGUGAGGUAGCUGCCACUAAUGCUGUCUGCGUACUGUAUAACAUUCAGGAUCUUACUAGUAGCAUGACAAAGGCUUAUAUUAUGAGGUUAGGAAGAAUUUUGUAACACUGAUAAUUUUCUGUCAACGUAUAUUUUUUUCCUCUUAGAGUCCAUAGCAGAAAACUCUUUGUACAGGGCACUUUGUUCAAACUUGCAAAAGUGAGGCUGUAUGUGUGAAAGUAUACUUGUGAUAAUACACAGUUCAUGAUUGCUGGCAGUCCGAUAUAUUUGUCUUUGCAUAUUUUUUUUAACCAAUGUAUAUUUCUGAAAUGUUACUGGUUGUUAAGUACUUAUGUUUGAAUUAACUCAUUCAAAUCUGAAAACUUAUGAAGGCAACAGGUUACACAGCUGAUUUUAUUCAGCAGGGUUUAUUUUUUAAGCUAUAUAUUGCCUUAUUGUUGCAGCCAUUAUACUGAAUGUACUUUGCAUUCUUAGUUUAAAUACAUUCAUAUCACUUUCAUAGCAGGGGGCCAUGUAACUUUGAAUAAGCAGUGAUUAUUUGUAUUCUACAUGACAGUUGAUUGAAAAGGGUUACUGCCAUGAAGGCUGGAACAUGUGUGUAAAGUAGACUAGAAAAAUACAUAAUUAUGAUUAAAAAUUGAGAAGUUAGACAACUGUUCCUGCCAAGUUUUGUAAUUCAUACGUGUUAGGGAGCCACUAAGGUUAUUAUCGUGGUGAUUUAAUGUUAGCCCAUGAGGCUAAUUCUAUGCAGUUUUUCCACUAAGCACUGCUGCUGUAGCUGUUAGCAGUAAAUGCCAUAUAUUGUGCUGCAAUCUGUGAGCAACUUGCUGCUUAAUAUCAGGUUUUACACUGAACUAGACCUGUGUAUGUACUUCAGUUUUGUUUGGAAAUGACCAGCAUACGGAAUGUGUUCAGUAUGGUCAUUUGCCUCUUCAGUGUUAAGAUACUGUACCUAAUGCUUCUGUGGUUGUCUGUUUUCAUCAUGUUAACUGUUUUAACUGACUGCACAGAUAACAAAAAAUAAAGUAACUAGACUUGAUACAAGUA